AGUAAUCACUCCCAAUUCCAAAAUUAAGGUUAGAUUCAAGCAGAUUUUUUGAGACGAUUUGAAGGGAUGUUAUUUUUUUGAGAAAACCCCUUUUUAAAGUACAACUAUGGCAUACCGGAUUCUGGGCACCACCAAGAAAUUAGAAAAUCUGGUCUGGAAAACUUUUAAACCCAAUACAAACGUCUCCCGGAAUAGUUCCACAACUAUAAGAAAGGCUAUAUUAAGAGAAUGGAGGCUCUUUUGUGAAAAACCACCCAAGGGUUUUGAGAAGUAUUUCAAAGAAGGCAAACCAGCCAGCAAGGAUGCAAAACCUGAAGCAAAAGAAGCUAAGGAUACUAAAGGUAAAGAAGCCAAACCUGCACAAAAAGAGCCUCCUCCAUCUAGACCUUCAUUAAGUAGUCCAGGUGAUAAAAAACCUUAUGAUCAGUGGUCUUUUGGACUGUUUGGAGGCACUGGAAGCAGGGGUAGUGGUGGUAAACCAUUUGGAGAAACCGACCCAGGAAAAUGGUAUGUUCUAGGAGCAGUAGCCAGUAUAACCUUUUUAGGCACUUUAAUGAUGUGGGAAAUGGGUUACAAAGAAGUGUCCUGGAAGGAUUUUGUGUACAAUUACCUUACUAGAGGUGUGGUCGAGAAGCUGGAAGUUGUAAACAAAAAAUGGGUUAGAGUAAGACUUGCUCCAGGUACUACUGUGGAAGGAAAUGGGGCAAGUACUAUUUGGUUUAACAUCGGCAGCGUUGACUCGUUUGAACGAAAUCUAGAAAAUGCUCAAAUAGAAAUGAACAUUGAACCACAGAAUUUUGUUCCUGUCAUAUACAAAACUGAAGUAGAAGCUGCCAGCCUUACAGGUCUUUUACCUUCCUUGUUGAUUAUCGGGUUUUUAAUAUGGAUGAUGCGCAGAUCUGCGGAAAUGAUGGGCGGAAGAAGAGGCAAGAGAGGCGGCGGUUUGUUUGGCGGAGUUAUGGAAAGUACUGCCAAGCUAAUAAACUCAAAUGAAAUUGGGGUUAAAUUUAAAGACGUAGCUGGUUGUGAAGAAGCCAAAAUUGAAAUUAUGGAGUUCGUUAAUUUCUUGAAAAAUCCCCAGCAAUAUAUUGAAUUAGGGGCAAAAAUUCCGAAAGGCGCGAUGUUAACAGGUCCUCCUGGUACUGGUAAAACUUUAUUGGCAAAGGCAACCGCCGGUGAAGCAAAUGUGCCUUUCAUUACCGUAUCCGGUUCGGAAUUUUUGGAAAUGUUCGUGGGCGUAGGCCCUUCUAGAGUCAGAGAUUUGUUUGCUAUGGCCAGAAAACACGCUCCUUGCAUUUUGUUUAUAGAUGAAAUUGAUGCAGUAGGCAGAAAACGUGGCGGACGAUCGUUUGGGGGCCAUUCAGAACAAGAAAACACUCUAAAUCAACUGUUGGUGGAAAUGGACGGUUUCAAUACCACCACCAAUGUAGUAGUUUUAGCGGCUACUAAUCGGAUUGAUAUUUUGGACAAGGCCUUACUUAGGCCUGGACGGUUCGAUAGGCAAAUUUUCGUUCCGGCGCCUGAUAUUAAAGGGAGAGCCAGUAUUUUUAAGGUGCAUUUAGCCAAUUUAAAGACCGACCUGGAUAAAACCGAUUUGGCAAGAAAAAUGGCCGCUCUAACGCCCGGCUUUACGGGUGCCGAUAUUGCCAAUGUGUGCAACGAGGCUGCUUUGAUAGCAGCCAGGGAUCUAAAUGAUAAAAUUAUCAUGAAACAUUUUGAGCAAGCAAUUGAAAGAGUUGUGGCGGGUAUGGAAAAGAAAACGAAUGUACUUUCUCCAGAAGAGAAGAAAACUGUUGCUUAUCAUGAGGCCGGACAUGCAGUUGCCGGAUGGUUUUUGGAGCACGCAGAUCCACUUCUGAAGGUUUCAAUUAUUCCUCGAGGUAAAGGUCUGGGAUAUGCACAGUACUUACCAAAAGAUCAGUAUCUUUACUCCAAGGAGCAACUAUUUGACAGAAUGUGCAUGACGCUCGGUGGAAGAGUAUCCGAAGAGUUAUUCUUUGGUAGAAUUACGACCGGGGCUCAGGAUGAUUUAAAGAAAGUAACGCAGAGUGCGUAUGCCCAAAUUGUACAUUAUGGUAUGAAUGAAAAAGUGGGUAACAUAAGUUUUGAUAUGCCAAGGGAAGGUGAGAUGAUGAUCGAAAAACCAUAUUCAGAGGAAACAGCGCAACUUAUUGACGUUGAGGUAAGAAAGUUAAUAGACUCUGCCCACACCAGGACCAGGCAGCUCCUAACAGAACACAAAGAACAGGUAGCGAAAGUAGCGGAAAGGUUGUUAAAGCAAGAAAUAAUUAGCAGGGAUGACAUGAUCGAUCUCUUAGGCAAAAGACCAUUCCCCGAAAAAUCCACUUAUGAAGAAUUCGUAGAAGGGACCGGGUCGUUCGAAGAAGACACCACACUUCCAGAAGGUCUUAAAGAGUGGAACAAGGAAAGAACCAAGACGGAACCAUCGACAGAAACUAAAGCUCCCGCAUAAUUUGACUUUAACGUGAGUGAGUGUAAAUUUUCUGAUCACCGUCGAUUAUCGCUUUAAUAUUAAGUUAGGAAUGUAAACAAAUAAAGUUACAUUUCUUUUUCAAAUAGUACCAUUGGUAAGAAGUAAUUAUACAACAUUGACAUUUUUAACAAUUCGCCUAAAUGUGAUAUUAUUUCUACAGGAGAAAUUUGUUGUCGAUUAAUGAAUAAAGUUGUUAAAAAUUA